ACAAUUUUGGGGAACAUAUGAAUACAUAUGAACAAAAAAUGCAAAUAUGCAUUUUUAUUUCAUGAAAAAUUCUGAAUAACAAUAUUAUUUUUAUAUUCUUCAGAAAUCCUAUCAUUUUUUACAUAUACGACGGACCUAUUUGAAUAAAUAUACACGAAGCAAAAAAAAAUAAUAAUAAAACCUUUUUGUUUAUAGAUGCAGACUUACAUACACACUUACACAAAACAUCAAAAUCUUACAGCGAGAAAAUAUUAUUUGCGAUUUUAGUAAAAGUUAUAAUUACAAUUAAUAAUUUAACAAUACCAUGGAUACAUUCAGAUAAUAGCAACUUCCACAACAUACAACUAUUUUUUAAGAUCAAUUCAUAACUAAAUGUUUUUCAAAAUUUCCCAAAAGAAAAUUGUGCCUGUUAUCCGUAAACAUUAUUUAAAGAUGGAAAAACUUUGCUCAACAUCUACAGAAAUUUUAGGACAGUAUUAUAGUUUUGCAUGUUUCUAAUUUAUACAAAUCCAGUUCUCUUUCAAAAUUAGUGAAAUUGCCUAUAAAGACUGCACCGUCAACAAUGUCAACAGUAUCUAAAAAGUUUUCGCACUCUACCUCAAAUUGAUUUAUUAAAGCCACUGAAUUUGUCAAAGAAACAGAGGUAGCCUCCAAUUUCGUGAGUGCUAUAGGUACAAAAGAAUAAUUUAAUUCUAUAAUUAUAAAACUUUUUUUCACUGGCGGGUUAGAAAAAACAGUUUUUGCAUUUAUUAGUGCGACAGAAGAUGAGUUGUUUAGAUAUUUGAUAACUUUUUUAACUAAUUCAAAGUUCGCGGCAUAAAAUACAGCAGCGGUUAACAAAGUUUCCCAGGGAGUUGUUACUGGUUGUGGUGGUAAUUAUAUAUUUGGACAAUUUUCCCUAUAAAAUGGAACACGUAAAGACGCUUUGCUUAUUUGAUUAAUUAAAUCAUUUUCCAAAAACUGGUCUCCUAUACAUUCUGAUGAUCUAUAAUCCAAUCCAUGAAAUAGGUUAGAAUAAAUAAAUUAUUUUUAAAUUUUGUGCUGCCUUAACUAACCAUAUAGGGGGCAACAUCUGCUAAAAGAGGAAAAAAAAUGUAAGUGCAGUAAAAGACAGAAGUUACAGAGGGGCCGAUACAGAUACUGACUAUGUAUGUACCCUUAAUCAUCAAGCUGAAGCAAGAAAUUUCUAAAACCAAGAAGACUCGUGCCACUAAGAGAAGUGAACCAAGUACAACGUUGAAAAACUGAAGGCUAAUUCUUUGGCUGAACAUUUUGGGAUAGAAAUGACGGAAAAGUUGAGCAGCAUGCAAAGAACGGAUCACAUAGAAAAUGAUUGGGUGGAAUAAGAAGAUAACAUUGAAGGAGUGCUGCAAAAAGAAUUCGAUCAUGUGAAGGCUGGGGUUAAGAGGGGCUGAUUUGACGACGACUGGAAAGAAAGUCUCAAAAACGGAGAAAUUGUGCUUGAGGAAUCAAUCGAAGACAAUAAAAGAGCACAUCAAAAAGAACGGAAAACGACAAAGACGAUAUGUAGAGGAAAGAAAAGAGCACCUAAUUUUUACCCCGAGGUUAAACAAAGUAAAGGCACAAUACUACAGUUUUGCAAGAGCGAAGAAGUAGGUCUAAUAGGAGAUACAGCUGGAAAAUUGGUUAGAUGGCAAGAAUAUUUUAAAGAUCUCUUAGAAAAUGUUACCGAAGAUAGCGAAGAUAGAAACAACAGUUACGAAUUAGCAAAAGGCCAGGUGGAUAAGGAACUACUAGCAGCACGUCCAACAGACAUCGAACAGAUCAUCACUGAGAUGAAAAAUAAUAAAAGUGCAGGAGAGAAUAGAUUUCCAGGAGAGGCUUUAAAAUACAGGAUGGGAAAAUAUGAAUUGCUGAGGGAGCGUGUUACGGGAUUAAUGAAGCAAAUAUGUGAGAAACAAAAAAUGCCAAGUUCAUCGGGAAAUGCUGUCAUCUUCCCGAUACACAAAAAGGAGAUAAGUCUGGCUGUAAUAAUUAUAGAGGCAUAGCGUUACUAGAUGUCUGUAAAAUAUUCGUAAAGAUCCCAAAGAAAAGGCUCACGAGUAUUCAGGAAAGAGUAAUAGGGUACCCGGUAGUAGAGGAGGAAGGAUCAAAUUUUUACCCUCAAAAUGAUUCAGCCUAACAGCAGAGUCUAACCUAAAUCUCCAUUUAUUAUUCAUAGACUUUAAGCAAGCUUAUGAUUGCAUCGGCAGAUUGGUUAAAAUAACUUUGACUAAUACAGAGAACAGGGUUCGUAGCCACUUGUCGGAUCGUUUUAAUGUAGUUAGAGGUCUGAGACAGAGAGACCCGGUGUAAACUUCGCUCUUUCAUUUGGUUUUGGGAGUUGUACAUAGAGAUAGCAGAAUCGAUAUAAAAAGAACAAUCUAUGAAGAUGAUACGCAGAUGAUAUAGUCUUCAUAGCAAGACCCAGGACAGAGCAAGAAAUUAUAUUUAAAGACCUCGAAAAAAGUAUAAAGCAUUAUGGUUUGAUGAAAAAAGUAUAAAGCAUUAUGGUUUGAUGAUUAAUGAAAAAAAGAAAAAAUACCUGCAAAAUGGACCGUCACAAAAAUUCCAGUGAAGCAUUAUCUCACAUUUACAGCUUCGAAAAUGUUUAUCAAUUUGAGUAUUUUGGAGUCACUUUAAAACGACUUGUGCUUUAAAUAAAAAGACAAGAGCAGUCAAGAUAAGAAUUUAUAAGACAAUGAUUAGACCAACAGUAAUGUACGGCGCUGAAACUUGGGUGAUGAACAGGAAAGAAGAACAGAAAUUAGCGAUCUGGGAAAAUCUGUUGAGGUGUUAAACGAAACGGAAUGGAGAAGAAGAACUAACGCGGAAGUACAAAUGCUAUUCGGACAACCAGAUAUAACACGAGAAGUAAAGAAACAAAGGCUAGGCUGGUUAGGGCAUGUGCGGAUGAUGGAGGAAAGUUGGACAGAAAGGAUAUGGAGGGAGCGGAUGGAAGAAGAAGACGGAGAGGCCGUCCGCGAAAAAGGUGCUAUUCAAAAUCUAAGGGAAAUGGACAUCGAAAACUGGCGAAAUAAGGAUUAAGGACAGCCUGUAGCACUAUUCUAUAUAUUUAUAAUGUUCAGUCAAUUAAAUACAAACAUUUAUAUAUCUAUAAUAUUAUAUAAAAUCCAUAAAACACAAAGUCCCUCAUUUAAUGCUAAAAACAGAGAUCUUUACCAUCACACCCACUAACCAAAACCACAUUUUUUAAAUCAAUAUUCAUUUUGAGUGGUUUUUGAGAAAAAUGAACUUUUCCUUUUUGCUGAAAAACAGGUCUUUGAAAUAUGUGUUUUUUCAGGACAGGACUUAACAUUUGAAUGAUACUGUUUUCAUCUUCUGCAACAGCUUCUUUCAAUCCACCUCAGUGGUCCCAGGUUGCCCAUCCACCUGUUUCUGCAUUUAAAAAGUUCUUAAUAAUCUGUGAAGUUAAAUCCCCGCCUCACUUGAUUUCGAUUUGAUUUACAUCUGCCCAAAAUGCAGUCUUCUUACGAUUAAAGAUUCCACAAUUAGUAAAUGGGCACUCAUUUGACCAAAGGAGGAAAAACUUUGGUAUCUGGUUAGUUUUCUGAAUAAAGCAAUGCCAAUAAUAUUGCCAUCCUGAAGUCCCUGGCAAGGCUGAUCACGAUUAAGAUAAUUACUGUGAUGCUUUAAAAUAGUAUUCGCUGUUGACCGAGCAAAGCUUGUUGUCUCUUCAAUCAGUGUACCUAAGCAAAACUCCCAUAGGUGACAAGGGUGUCUUUGAAACGUCUAAACAUAGCUCUACCCUGUUGACGUCUUUCCGGAUAUUUAUUUAAAUACAUUUCUUCAGCUUAUGCUUCGCUUCUACGGCAGAGCAUAAAACACUCAUUUGGCAAUAGCAUUUCUAACUCUUUCUACUUCUUGUCUAAUUAUCAUUUUUAAGUCUUGAACACUGUUACACCUAUUGUAAUACACUUCGUUUUUAUGUAGCUUCAUAAAAAAGUACAGAGGUGUCAAAUCAGGACUUUGAUAUGGCUCACUAUGUUAUUGAAAAACAAUUUCUUCUUUAAUAUAGUCCAACGGAUUAUCACUUAACGGAAAUAUAUAGUUCUCUCUACAAUUUUCAAUAUUUCUUACCAUUCAGAACAAAGUAAUAAAAUACUGGGCCUAUUAUUCCAUCACGGAUAAUACCACAUCACACAUAAACUCUUCUUCGAGCCUGUGACCUAAUUUCUUUUACACGAUUUUCAUUUGAGAUGCACCAGUAAUGAGUAGUUUUUCUUACCGGCCGUGUUGAGAAUUGCCUUAUCUUCCACAUAUUCUUUUUAAACGUCACUUUAAAAAUAAUGGUCCGUCAAAAGGGAACAAUGAAAGAGUAUUGUUUGAAAGUCGUUUUGGGACAAUAGUCUUAGCGAAUUUUGGUUAUCCAAAAUACAGGGGAACUUCGAACGAGUUCAGACGUACCGCUAAAGUGCGGAUCCUGUUCGCAGGAAAUUUUGGCAAACGAUAUAAAAAUUAAUUGUAGUGGUGCUAGAAACACCAAAUCUCAAAUGGCUCUGCGAUAGCUGUAAUGUUAGCACUAGUGUAAUUUCUACGAUGUUUAUGAAACUUCAGGACGACAUCGGUCAAUUAAAGACAACUACCUGGCCUAACACAGACAAUAACAACAAGCAAGAUGACGAUGGAUUUCAAUUAGUCCAGCCGAUACGGCGAAGAAACAGAACUUUUAUAGAAGGAACAAACACAAUAAGUAGAAUACAAGGAGUUGAGAAGAAAGCUUCGAUAUAUGUAACAAGGUUGGAUAAAUCCACAACAUCAAUACAGAUUGAAGAAAACUUAUCUGGUAUCUGUAGAAUAAACUGUGAAAAACUUAACUUUAACCACAACGAACAGUGGAGUUCCUUUAAAAUAUGUGCCCCUUUCACGCACAAAGAUGCAAUUUUAAACGGAGACCUAUGGCCGCAAGGUGCAAGACUAAGCAGAUAUUUCUUUCCCAAGAAAAAUGCAAAAAACAGCGCCAGUAAAUACGACUCAAAAAAUGAGGAUUUUUUAAACCAGACGGUGAGACACCUAACAAAUUCGUAGUUAUGAACCUUAAUAUUCAAGGAGGUAUCACAAACAAAAAAGAAGCCCUCGAAUCAAUACUAAAUAACCACGACGUCAAUGUCCUGUGUAUCUCAGAACAUCAUGAAUCCUCAGACAUUAAGUUUCUUAAGCUUUUAGAUUAUAAGGUUCUUAGUUAUUUCUCGAGAACUAGUUGCAGAGGAGGGGGAGUCUGUAUCUUGGGUCGAGAAAGUUUAAAUUUUUCAAAAAUUCCGUUUAAUAACUCUGAAGAAAAAAGUUUUGAAAUGUGUUCAAUAAAAUUAGAGCUUAACAAGGAAUGUGUCACAAUUUUCUCUGUAUACCGAUCUCCAAAGGGAGACUUCGAAGCAUUUGUAGAGAAACUCUCAAUAAUGUUCGAAGCUAUAUACGAACCUAAAAAUAAGCACAUUUUGUGCGGUGACAUUAACGUCAACUUGCUUGAAAACAACAAACAAACUAAAAUACUAAAAAAUAUACUUCUUGAGUAUAAUUUAGUUGCUUCUAUAGAAGAGCCCACCAGAAUAACUUAUCAUUCUAGAACAUGCAUUGACAAUAUUUUCGUCGACUUUACCGGACUAAAAAGCUUGGCAGUAGACACAUGUGUCUCUGACCACACGUUUCAGCUCUUCUUUUUUGAGGAGUUCUGCAAUAAUAAUUGUACAGAACGCUUUUUCAGAAACUUUAGCGAAAAUAAUGUAAAUUCCUUUAUAGAUUUGGUAUCCAACACAGAUUGGAAUAAUUUGUUCUACGAUAUUCAAUCUGAUGACUUAGAUAAAAAAUUUAACACUUUUUACGAAAAACUGAAACCAAUAUUUAUGUCAUGUUUUCCAUUUACAAAAAAAGGAAAAGUCUCGUACAGGAAAAAAACCAAUUGGUUUAAUAGAGAAUUAAGAGAGCUGAGUCGUGCGGUACACGAGAUGCAACAAGUAAACAAAAGAAUAAAAAAUGAUCUAUAUAUAAAAUAAAUCUAAAUAUAAAGGACUUAAAUCCCAUUACAACAAAAAACUUAAACACGCAAAGAAAACUCACCACAAUUUAAGGUUAAUGAAAUCUGAUAACAUAAGUAGGGAAAGUUGGGCAAUAGUCAGGGAAAAUAGCAACCAUAAAAGUAAAUCCUCUUCUAUAACCAACAUAACCGUUGGUGGUGAAACACUACAAGACAAAUUGGUUAAGGCUUUCGCGGCCCGUUGAUAAGCUAUUAUCUUCAUUCGGGUUUAAAGGCCGUCGUCGAUUGGAAUUACUUCCUAACGUUUCGCUAGCACGAGUGGCGAGCUUCUUCAGAGGUCCUUCCAUCUCCGAUGUUGGACGUAGACUGACGAUUUCUCCUGCGCAGGUUGUAUUUAUGCCGAUUGGUGGAGGGCGGGGCUUGUUCCGCUUCGGUUGGUCUCGGGAUAUCGAUCGGUACUGCUCGGGCGUUCCUAAGGAUCGGGUUCCAGAUUUGGUUGAGUCUAAGGGUCUCCUC